UCCAAACAUCUCCGUAACACCUUUUACUUAAAUAAAACCUGAUUUUACUCUUAAUCAAAUCUAAAAUCAAAGCGUGUAUUUUUUCCUGUGCGCGCUCCCGCCAGGGGCACUCAGUUCUUCGGGUGCCGUUCUCACCGUGACACCAGCCGUAGUGGGAGACGCCGAUCGUGACAGGCUGACGGCAGAGGAGUGUAAACAUGGCGGCGUGCAGAGCGAACAGCCCGUUCCUGUUAGCCUGAGAGCCGCAGACAGCCAACAUGGAGACCGAGGAGGAGCAGCACAUCACCACGCUGCUUUGCAUGGGCUUCCCCGACCCAGACGUGAUCCGAAAGGCGCUCCGGCUGGCCAAGAACGACAUUAACGAGGCGGUGGCCCUCCUCACUAACGAAAGCCCCGGGCUCGGCUAUGGAUACGAGCCGAUGGAGAGCGGGCCCGCCCCGGGCUUAGGCUCCAGCGGGGACGGGGAGAGCAGCGGGAGAACCGGGACUGGAGGCUUCGAUCCUCCGCCUGCUUACCACGAUGUGGUGGACAGUGAGAGGAGCAACGAUGAGAAUGGAAACUGUUCGGGGGGCAGCAUGGAGUUUCCCACCACUAACCUGUACGAGCUGGAGAGUCGGGUCUUCACAGACCAUUGGUCGAUUCCAUAUAAGAGGGAGGAGUCUCUGGGGAAGUGUCUGAUCGCCUCCACCUGCCUGGCCCGCCACGGUCUGGCUGAUGCUGAUGAGAACUGUAAGCGGUUCAUGGAUCGCUGCAUGCCUGAGGCCUUUAAGAAGCUUCUUACCAGCAGUGCGGUUCAUAAAUGGGGCACAGAGAUCCAUGAGGGCAUCUAUAACAUGCUGAUGUUGUUGGUGGAGCUGGUGGCAGAGAGGGUGAAGCAGGACCCCGUCCCCAUCAACCUCAUGGCUGUCCUCACCAUGGCAUUUAACCCCGACAACGAGUACCACUUUAAGAACCGAAUGAAGGCUUGUCAGAGGAACUGGGCUGAGGUUUUUGGAGAUGAGGCCAACAUGUUUGCUGUUUCUCCCACAAACACCAAUCAGAAGGAGCCUCAUGGUUGGCUGGUGGAUCUGGUCAAUCGAUUUGGAGAGCUGGGAGGAUUCACAGCGAUCCAGAUGAAGCUGAACACGGAUGAGAUCGAGAUCGCUAGCGUGUCAGCUCUCGUUCAGCCUCUUGGUGUGGGAGCAGAGUACCUGAACUCCAGUCUCAUCCAGCCCAUGCUCGAUCCGGUCAUCCAUAAGAUGAUCACGUAUGUGCAGAACCUGGAGGAGAAGGAUCUCAAAGAUAAGCGUCUGGUGAGCAUCCCCGACCUCCUGUCGGCCAUCAAACUGCUGUGCAUGCGUUUCCAGACAGAGCUGGUUAACGUGGUGGACGACCUGCGGCUGGACACGCUGCUGAGGAUGCUGAAAACGCCGCACUUCUCCACCAAGAUGAACUCCCUUAAAGAGGUGACCAAGUUAAUCGAAGAGAGCACGGUGUCUAAGACGGUGAAGAACGCCAUCGACCCCGAUAAACUCCUGGACUGGCUGGUGGAGAAUUCAGUCCUGUCGAUAGCACUGGAAGGUAAUAUUGAUCAGGCUCAGUACUGUGAGAGGAUUAAAGGAAUCAUUGAGUUGCUCGGGAGCAAACUUUCUCUGGAUGAGCUUUCAAAGAUCUGGAAGAUUCAGGCGGGCCAAUCAUCAACAGUGAUCGAGAACAUUCACACCAUCAUUGCUGCUGCUGCCGUCAAAUUCAGCUUCGAUCAACUCACACACCUCUUCAUCCUCAUCCAGAAGAGCUGGGAGGUGGAGAGCGACCGAGUGAGGCAGAAACUGCUGAGUCUGAUUGGGAGGAUCGGCCGAGAGGCUCGCUCCGACAACACCACGGGGAAGGUGUUGGAGGUGCUGUGGGAGCUGGCUCACCUGCCCACGCUGCCCACCAGUCUGGUUCAGCAGGCGCUGGAGGAACACCUGGGGAUCCUGAGCGACGCGUACGCCGUGAAGGAGACGGUGAAACGCAGCUACAUCAUCAAGUGUAUCGAAGACAUUAAAAAGAACGUGUCGGUGGAGGAGAGUAAAGGCAGCGACAGUCAGAGCUCAUUUCUAAGCGGCACAUGGAGCAAGAAGAAAGCUCACUUUAUGCUCAAAGCGUCUCAGCCGAGCAGUCCUCAGGCCGUCUGGGUGGUUCCUGCUCUCCGUCAACUCCAUGAGAUCACUCGUUCUUUCAUCAAACAGACAUAUCAGAAACAAGACAAGAGCAUCAUUCAGGACCUGAAGAAAAACUUUGAGAUAGUAAAGCUCAUCACAGGCUCUCUUGUCUGCUGCCAUCGGCUCGCUGUGACAGCUGCAGGGAAUAACGGGCUGUCAGGAUCCACACUAGUGGACGGAAGAUACACCUACCAGGAGUACCUGGACGGCCACCUGCGCUUCCUGGCGUUCUUCCUGCAGGAGGCGAGUCUUUACCUGGUGUGGAACAGAGCCAAGGAGCUGUGGGAGUGUUUGGUGUCGGGACCGGACGUCUGUGAGCUCGACAGAGAGAUGUGCUUUGAGUGGUUCACUAAAGGCCAACACGACCUGGAGAGUGACGUUCAGCAGCAGCUUUUUAAAGAGAAGAUCCUCAAACUGGAGCCGUACGAGAUCACUAUGAAUGGUUUCAAUCUGUUUAAGACGUUCUUUGAGAACGUGAAUCUGUGCGACCAUCGCCUCAAACGCCAGGGAACCCAGCUGUGUGUGGAGCGUCUUGACCUGGCAGGGAUGGAUUUUAUUUGGCGUAUCGCCAUGGAAACCCCCGAUGAAGAAAUCGCUAAUGAAGCUAUCCAGCUGAUCAUCACAUACAGCUACACCAACCUCAACCCCAAAAUGAAGAAGGACUCUGUGUCUCUGCAUAAGAAGUUCAUUGCUGAUUGUUACAAGCGUCUGGAGGCGGCGAGCUCGGCCCUGGGCGGCCCCACUCUGACACAUGCUGUUACCAGGGCAACCAAGAUGCUGACGGCCACCGCCAUGCCGACCGUGGCCACGUCUGUACAAUCUCCAUCCAGGUACAGAGGGGGGUUUGGAUCCACUAAGCUGGUGAUAAUCGAGAGACUGCUGCUAUUGGCUGAACGCUACGUAAUCACAAUCGAGGACAUGUAUUCAGUUCCUCGCACUAUUCUACCUCACGGCGCGUCGUAUAACGGACACCCUGUCACCCUUCACAUCACCUAUGAGUCAACCAAAGACACCUUCACCUUAGAGACCCACAGUAACGAGACUAUAGGAAGUAUCAGGUGGAAGAUUUCUGAACACCUCAGCUGUCCGGUGGAUAACGUCCAGAUCUUCGCCAACGACAGCGUGCUGACAAUGAACCGAGACCAGAAGCUUCUGUCCCAGCUCGGCUUCAGCGACGAGCAGAGUCUGACGGUGAAGAGUUCAGGUACCGGCACGCCGUCGGGCAGCUCUGAGUCAUCGGCAUCGGCCUCCAGCAGCUCCAGCUCAGCGGUCUUUAACUCCGCCUACGCCUUGGAGCAGGAGAAGUCUCUGCCUGGCGUGGUCAUGGCGUUGGUGUGUAACGUGUUUGAGAUGCUUUACCAGCUGGCUAACCUCGAUGAAUCCAGGAUCACUCUUCGUGUGAGGAAGCUGCUGCUGCUUAUUCCCACUGAUCCAGAGGUUCAGGACGCUCUGGACAACUUUGUUCCCAAAGAAUCGAGCGUGUGGAGCCAUCAGAAAACCCUGUUCACCCUGGGUCAGGGUUCAGGCUCUCGCUCUCCGUCUAUGUCGUCUAAACAGCAGCACCAGCCGAGCGCCGCCUCUAUCUUAGAGUCUCUGUUCAGGUCGUCGGCCCCGGGCAUGUCCACCUUCAGAGUGCUGUAUAACCUGGAGGUGCUGAGUUCAAAGCUGAUGCCAACGUCUGACGAUGAGAUGGCAAAAAGCAGCAGCAAAUCUUUCUGUGAGAACUUCCUCAAAGCAGGAGGCCUCAGUCUGGUGGUGAACGUGAUGCAGAGAGAUUCGAUCCCCUCUGAGGUCGACUAUGAGACGCGUCAGGGCGUGUACUCCAUCUGUCUGCAGCUGGCCAGGUUCCUCCUCGUUGGUCAGAGCAUGCCUGCGGUGCUGGAUGAUGAUGUCAUCAGGGACGGCGAGGCGCUGUCGUCUCGUCCGUUUCGUAACGCUGGCCGUACGGGCCGCCAGCUGUCUCUGUGUGGAACUCCGGAGAAGUCAUCGUACCGACAGAUGUCUCUGUCCGAGCGCUCGUCCAUCCGUGUGGAGGAAAUCAUCCCCGCCGCUCGAGUCGCCAUCCAGACCAUGGAGGUGGGAGAUUUCACGUCCACUGUGGCGUGUUUCAUGCGUCUCACCUGGGCAGCUGCAGCAGGGCGGUUGGAUCUAGUUGGCAGCCCUCAGCCAAUCAGAGAGACUCAUGGCUCUCUGUUACCACAGGGGGUCCGUACCCGCAUCAGCAGCACAGGAAGUAACUGCAGCUCCAGCAGCGAGGGGGAGACCACGCCCACAGCGUUGCAUGCUGGGAUAUGUGUCCGACAGCAGAGCGUCUCAAUCAAAGACGCGAUCAUCGCUCGAGAGGCUCUAUCUCUGCUGGUGACGUGUCUGCAGCUCCGCUCUCAGCAGCUCUCGUCGUUUUAUAACCUCCCAUCAGUGAACGACUUCAUCAUCGAUAUUUUGCUGGGCUCUCCGAGUGGAGAGAUUCGCCGUGUGGCAUGCGACCAGCUCUAUACACUUAGUCAGUCGGACACGUCGGCGUUUCCCGACGUUCAGAAACCAAACCUGUUCCUGUUGUCUGUGGUUCUGACCGCUCAGCUGCCACUGUGGAGCCCAACGUCAGUCAUGAGAGGAGUCAACCAGAGGCUGCUGUCUCAGUGCACCGAGUACUUCGACCUACGAUGUCAGCUCCUCGACGAUCUCACCACGUCAGAGAUGGAGGUGGUCAAGGUGAGUGCAGCCACCAUGUUGGAGGAUGAGAUCUCCUGGCUCGAUAACUUUGAGCCGAGCUGGAGCUCGGAGAUGGAGACGAGCGAGGCCGACAACAUCCUGCUGGCCGGACACCUUCGUUUGAUCAAAACGCUGCUGUCGCUGUGCGGGAACGAGAAGGAGCACCUCGGUCCGUCUCUAAUCCAGCAGCUGUUGGAUGACUUUCUGUUUAGAGCAUCCAGGAUCAUCAUCAAUAGCUCCAACCCAACACAGUCCCCGACGCCAAGCCACGACUUCCACCCAAAGUGCAGCACAGCCAGCAGUCGUCUAGCAGCCUAUGAGGUGUUGGUGAUGUUGGCUGACAGCUCGCUGUCUAACCUCCGACUGAUUACCAGAGAGCUGCUGUCCAUGCACCACCAGUCCGACCCCUCUCUCUGCAAGGAGUUUGAUUACCUCCCUCCUGUGGAGAGCCGCUCAGUGUCGGGUUUUGUGGGGUUAAAAAAUGGCGGAGCUACGUGUUACAUGAACGCCGUGUUUCAGCAGCUCUACAUGCAGCCUGGACUACCUGAGGCUUUCCUGUCCAUCGAGGACGACACAGAUCAGCCCGACGAGAGCGUCUUCUACCAGGUCCAGUCUCUGUUCGGACAUCUGAUGGAGAGCAAACUGCAGUACUACGUACCUGAGAACUUCUGGAAGAUCUUUAAGAUGUGGAACAAAGAGCUGUACGUCAGAGAGCAGCAGGACGCCUACGAGUUCUUCACCAGCCUGGUGGACCAGCUCGACGAACACCUCAAGAAAAUGGGUCGGGAGCAGAUCUUUAAAAACACAUUUCAGGGAAUCUUCUCUGAUCAGAAGAUCUGUAAAGACUGUCCUCACAGGUACGAGCGAGAGGAAACCUUCAUGGCUCUGAACCUCGGUGUGACGGCCUGUCAAAGUCUGGAGAUUUCUUUGGAUCAGUUUGUGAGAGGAGAAGUUCUUGAGGGCAGCAACGCCUACUACUGCGAGAAAUGUAAAGAAAAGAGAACCACGGUGAAGAGGACGUGUAUCAAGUCUUUGCCCAGCGUUCUCUGUAUCCACCUCAUGCGCUUCGGCUUCGACUGGGAGAGCGGCCGCUCCAUCAAAUACGACGAGCAGAUCAGAUUCCCCUGGGUUCUCAACAUGGAGCCCUACACCGUCUCUGGGAUGGCUCGGCAGGACUGCAGUGGCGAGGGGGUUGAGGGGCGGGGUGAUGGCACUUCAGGAGGGUCACCCAGGAAGAAGGUCACCAUAUCUGAGAACUACGAGCUGGUGGGAGUCGUAGUCCACAGCGGGCAGGCUCACGCCGGCCAUUAUUACUCCUUCAUCAAAGACAGACGCGGCAGUGCUCGUGGUCGUUGGUAUAAAUUCAACGAUAACGUGGUGGAGGAGUUCGACAUGAACGAUGAAUCUCUGGAGUACGAGUGUUUCGGUGGAGAGUAUCGACCCAAAGUCUACGACCAAUCUAACCCUUACCCUGACGUGAGGCGGCGCUAUUGGAACGCCUACAUGCUGUUCUACCAGAAAAUCAGUGACCUGAACUCACCUGUCCUCCCCAAGAAGAGCCGAGUCAGCAUCAUGAGGCAGGAGGCCGAGGACCUCACGCUGUCCGCCCCCUCCUCCCCCGAUGUCUCCCCCCAGUCCUCCCCUCGACCCCCACGAGCCAACAACGACCGCCUCACCCUCCUCACCCGCCUGGUCAGGAAGGGGGAGAAGAAGGGUCUGUUUGUGGAGAAGAUGCCGGCCAGCAUCUAUCAGAUGGUGAGAGAUGAGAACCUGAAGUUCAUGAGGAACAGAGACGUCUACAACAGCGACUACUUCAACUUCACGCUCUCCCUCACCUCCGUUAACGCCACGAAGCUGAAGCAUCCUGACUAUCAGCCAAUGGCCAGAGAGAGUCUACAGCUCGCCGUUCACUUCCUGUUCCACACCUACCUGCACACCAAAAAGAAGCUACGGGUGGACACGGAGGAGUGGAUGGCGGCGGUGGACGUGUUAUUGUCAAAGAGCAGUGAGGCGUGUCAUUGGAUGGUUCAGUACCUGGUCACACCUGAAGGACGAGAGAUCACCAGGGUGUGUCUGUUGGAGUGCAGCGUCCGUGAGGUUCGGGUGGUGGUGGCGUCCAUCUUGGAGAAAACUCUGGAGAGUGCUCUUCACUUUGGAGACCCGGGGUUGGACGGUCUGGUGGACGCUCUGCUGUCCUUACUGGACAAAGACGUUCCUGAGAACGUUAAGAACUGUUCCCAGUACUUCAGCCUCUUUAGUAACUUCGCUCAACGGGGCUGUGCUUCCUGUCAGCUGUUACUGAAACACUCGGCCUAUCGACGGAUGCUCAUCUUCCUGUUAGGACCCAACAGACAAAACAACCAGAACCGGCGCUGGAGUCCUGCUCAGGCUCGAGAGUUCCUCCACCUCCACAGCUCCCUCGCCCUCAUCACGCUGCACGCCGACCUCCACGCUCAGCGGACGCACGCUCCUGGAGGCUUUAAACUGAGAGUGAGCUGUGUCUCGUCCUCCUCGCCACUCCUCCCUCUGCACUCUGACAUCCUCGCCUCUCUGUUCACUGCAGAAGGACAGUCCUACCUUUUAGAGGUGAUGUUUGCAAUGCGGGAGCUGUCUGGUCCUCUGUCUCUGCUCAUAGAGAUGGUCACCUAUGUGUCGUUCUGUAAUGAAGCCUUCUCUCUUGGCGUGCUGCAGCUCCUCAAGACCCAGCUGGAGACAGCCCCUCCUCAUGAACUUAAGAAUGUCUUCCUGAUGCUGCAGGAACUGCUGGUCAUGGAGGAUCCUCUGCAGUCCCAGAGACUCAAGUAUGCCUUCGAGUCAGAGAAAGGUCUUUUAGCGUUGAUGCAUCAGAGCAACAACGUGGACAGCCGGCGCUGUUAUCAGUGCGUCAAGUUUCUGGUCACGCUGGCUCAGAAGUGUGCUCCAGCCAAAGAUUAUUUCAAAGACCUGUCAGGUCACUGGAGUUGGGCCGUUCAGUGGCUGCAGAAAAAGAUGACGGAACAUUACUGGACUCCUCAAAGCAACGUUUCCAAUGAGACAUCGACCAACAAAACGUUCCAGAGGACCAUCUCAGCUCAGGACACGUUGGCCUACGCCACGGCGUUGUUGAACGAGAAGGAGCAGUCAGGCAGCAGUAACGGUUCUGACGGCAGCCCGGCCAACGAGAACGCAGACCGCAGUCUGACACAGGGCUCGGAGUCUCCCAUGAUGCUUGGCGACUCAAAGAGUGACCUGGAAGACGUGGACCCAUAGCUCCUCCCUCUGGCGGGAUCCCUCCCUCAGGAGCAGCGGCUCGGCUCCAGGUGGCCAAGCGACAGCUGCUCUCUGCUUCUGAUUGGUUGGGACAUUUAGGACUCCAGAGCGAGCCAAUCAGAGCUGUUCUCCUUUGUGAUGCUGCGUCAGAGGAGGAGCUUUGAAAACAUCAAUUCUGUAGUCUGAGAGCCACCGAGGCGACAGCGAGGAGUUUUUAUCAGGGAGGGGUCAACAUGGACCCUCCCCCAUUGGUUCAGAGAGACGGCGAGUGGGGCGGCGGCCUUAUGCUGUUUUUAUCUGUGUCUGCUCGUGUUCCCGCCGUCUCCACGUCGACAGACCCUUCCUGUAAAGAUUGUUUCAUAGGUGUAAUUUCACUGUAAGAUAAUAUUUUAAAUUCUUUCACUGCGCCAAACACUGAGGCGCUCGCCGCUCUAGAGGAACACUCACACCUGUACAGGAACACCUGCACACACCAGGGGGCGUGGCUUAGUCUGCACUUUAUAGUCCAGCCCACUACACUUCCUCUCGACCUCCACGCCAUCCUGUCUUCUUCUUCUGUUGCUUUUAUGAUUUAGUGCCACUAAUGCAGACGCCUGUUACCUCAGCGCGGUGUAGGGCGGCACGGAGCCUCACCUGUCCUUAAACACAGACCAGGUUCUCACCUGUCCUUAUAAGGAGCCGCCAUGGUAACACAGACCGGGUCUUUACCUGUCCUUAAACGGAGCCGCCAUGUGCCGGUCUGAAACGAUCAGUGCCGCCAACUCUUCUUCUGCUGCUGCUUCUUCUGUGCUUUAAUUCCUUCUUCUUCUGUUGUGUCUCCUUCCCGUGAGCUCUUUUCUGUUUCUUCCUCUUUGGUUCUUCUUCUUUGGUUUUUUCUUCGUGGACUCCGGAUGGAUGGACUCUCAGAGGACGACGUUUCUGGCCUUAUGCAAAGACGAACUGAUCCCAGAUCAGCGGCAGACGAGCUCAGGAGCUUCAUUUGUUUAUGAUUUCUGUUUGGUGCCAAGGUUACUCACCAACCACUCACCGCUAACACUAGGACAGAGCGUGACGGCGUCAACACGACGGCGUGAGCGUGUCACAGCGAGCGGGUGGUCUUCACUGUUACCUCCGACUCAUCAGAUCUCAUCAGAGCAUCUGUCUGCCUUUUUACUUUCUUUUUUUAUGUUUCUUUAUUUUGUCUCAAACGUAGCUCUGGUGUCAGCCUGCAGCCGUCACUAACCCCCCCUCCUCCACCAAUCACAGGGAGUCUUGAAGUGCCUUAACCUCCUGAUCCCGCCUCACCAUAGGAGAGCGACACGGUGUCUUCAUCAUCAUCAGGGAAGCGAAAAUCAUGACAAACGCUGACUGUGUCCCAAACUGCUCACCGUACACCAGGUCCUAUAAACUCCAUGCUGCUUCCUCUGACGGCAGACCAGCUUUAGGGUCCCUGACCCCUCAGAGCCCUUUAACCUCUGGAUCUGUGUCUUUAAUAGUCCUGAGGAUCAGUUAGGGUCCAGAUCUUUGCAUUUGAGCUCAAAAUAUUUCAAUUCUAUAUUUUGUGUUAAAAUGUUCAUAGUGACUGCCCUCUACAGGCUCAAACGUCUCAGUUAUUUUGAUCAUUUCUGAUUGGCUGAUCUGGUGCUCUGUGGCGUCAUUUGUUGUCCCCACAGAGCCCAACAGUCACCGCCCAAUUUUUAAACCAUUUACUUCACUAGCAGCGGCUCACAGCUGAAAUCCACAUUCAACCAAUCAGAGACGUUGCUGUGACUCUCUAGGAUUGUGGGUAACGUAGUGCUGUUGGCCCAGCUCAUAUAUGAACCAUGUUUCUCUUCAAACCAGGUCGAUUAUGAUCAAUUUUGUCUUGUAUCCUGGUUCCUCCCUUAGCUAGCUCGUGGUCAGUCCACCUGUAAUGGUUCUGAUAUUCUGGCUAACUAUCAAAUCUAAACGCAGCGUAGACUGAAUGAUGUGGCUGAUUAGGGACAGUUACUCUUUAAUGUGACAUCAGCUCUGAAUCAUGUGACUUAAUGGUUUCUACAUCUCUGUCCAAAGUUUCACUGACCCGCUAGCGUGACGCUGGUAUGACCCUUGGUCUAUAAAUAGAAUAUACAACUAAAACCAUGAUUGUUACUACAGCUCUGCCAUUAGUCUGAUUGUAGCAAUGCAUUGUGGGUCUGAUAUCAUCUCAUUGAAAUUCAGACUAAUCCUGGAACAAUCCUCGGAUUAUCAAGUACACCAAAUAUCAUCCUAUGACCUUUGAACCUUGUACAGACUGGCUAUGACGACGGAUUUAGGAUGUACGGAUUCAGUGUGGGACCCAGCAGCAGAUUACAACCAGAUUAAAAUCAGAUUAUAACCAGAUUACAAUCAGAUUAUAACCAGAUUAUAACCAGAUUAUAAUCAGAUUAUAACCAGAUUACAACCAGAUUACAAUCAGAUUAUAACCAGAUUAAAAUCAGAUUAUAACCAGAUUACAAUCAGAUUAUAAACAGAUUACAAU